CUGAAUUCAUCUCGAAGGAGACCGACCGACAGACAGACAGACAGACAGGCAGGCAGACAGACAGACAGGCAGCAUGUUUCAGCGGAGUGAAUAUAAAAGGCCGUGUGAGCCGUGAGGCGCCGAGGUCGACGUCUCAGGCUCCGCCCACACCGUGAUGUCUGAGCCCGGCUCCCCGCUGUGGGACUGGCUGAGCGUCCUCCGCCUGGAGCAGUACGCCGCCGCCUUCCGGAGCGCAGGGCUGGCGUCGCCGCGGCGAUGUCGCAACCUCACGGCCGCUCAGCUGGAGGCGAUGGGCGUCACGCUGCCGGGCCACCAGAGACGCAUCCUGGCCAGCCUCAAGGAGAGAGAGACAGGAGGUGGAGAGACAUUGAGACCAGUGGCCAGGGAGAGAGAGAGAGAGGAACCAGAACCAGAGGCCAGGGAGAGGCAGGCGCCCCAGAUGAAAGAGGAGAGGGGAGAAGGAGGAGACAAGAAGAGGGAGAAGCCACUUCCUGGACUGAGACGCAUGGCAUCUGGAGAAGAAGAGAGGGAUGGAGAGGGAGGAGAGAAGAAGAGGGAGAAGCCACUUCCUGGACUGAGACGCAUGGCAUCUGGAGAAGAAGAGAGGGAUGGAGAGGGAGGAGAGAAGAAGCCACUUCCUGGACAAAGAACAAGAGGAGGACGAGAGGAAGAGAGGGAUGGAGAGGGAGGAGAGAAGAAGCCACUUCCUGGACAGAGAACAAGAGGAGGACGAGAGGAAGAGAGGGAGGGAGAGAGGGAGAAGCCGGUGCCCAAAGAGAGGACGAGGUUCCGCCCCAGCGCCCCGGUGCACUCUGGGUGUUUACCCCCGGUGCCGCCACGCAGCGUCCCCAACUGCCCCCCCCAGCGCUUCACCGCCUCCCCCCCGACCUCCCCCCCCACCCAUGCGCCUCUCCACCCUCCCACCCUCCUCCCCCUUCAGCCACCUGUCCGUCACGCGGCCGGUGACGGAGGAGGAGCUUCUGCAUCCGUCUCCCACGGCAACGAUGUGAAUGCUCCUCCUCUCCCUCCCAAAUCAGGGGCGUGGCCUAAAGGACGUCCACCAAUCCCUCACCGAGUGUGUGUGCUGCCACCUAGUGGACACGAUGGAGAACUGCACCGCUUCACUUUGUUACUGGGACUUUUUAUAUAUAUCUCUUCUCCCACCAGGACCGUCCCUGGCGAGCUUCAGAGGGCGCUCGCCCCUCAGCUGCCUCCUCGUUGCCGAGGAGACGCUCGUCUGUCGCGCCCGCCGGCGAGGAGACUCACUCGUCUGUCCCGGGACGCCAAGUCACUCGAUGAUUCUGAUGACUACGAGGAACCAGAACUGUUCUACCCCGGAGUGAACGACCCAGACAGGGACAUGUCCCUGGAGGUUCCUCUCCGGUUAAAGGGCCGGUACAGUUCUUUGUGCAGUGAUGAUGAGCAGCUGGACGAUGAAGAUGAGGAGGGGGUCUACCUGCCCACCAGAGGCAGACUGUCGUCGACCUCUAAAGAAGACGACGCUCAGCUGGCCGCCGUCAUCAAGAUGGGCUGGCUGGACAAGAACCCACCUCAAGGGGCUCUUUAUUAUCAGCGCCGGUGGGUGAAGCUGGACGUCGACUACCUCAGAUACUUUGACAGUGAUAAGGCGGUGUAUUCUAAGGGGAUCAUCUCCAUGGCCUUCGUCACUAACGUGACCAGCGUGGGGGAGCUGAAGUUUGAGGUCGUCACAAACAACCGGACGUUUAUCUUCAGGGCGGAAAGUGAAGCCGAGAGGAACAGCUGGGUGUCUGUCCUGCAGGACUCCACCAGGGGGCGCCACCUGCGCAGCGGCGCCGUGAGCUCCACCACGCCGUCCCGGGACUUCCAGGGAUACCUGGAGCUCCGAGGGCUGCGACCCAAACUCUACACCGUGGUGGCCUCGGAUAAAGUGUUCCUCUACAAGAACAUAGAGGACUAUCGGAUAGGAGUCGGCAUCACCUCCAUUGAGAUGAACGUAGGAAACGUUAAAGAAGCAGAUCGUCGAGGCUUUGACCUCACGACCCCGUACCGCAUAUUCAGCUUCGUGUGCGAGUCGGAGCCGCUGAGGGAGCAGUGGGUCGGCGCCAUGCGGGACGCCAUCGACGAGGCGCUGUCCAAUAGCGAGGUGGCGGAGCGGAUCUGGGCGGAGCCUAGCAACAGCCUGUGUGCCGACUGCCAGGCGCCGCAGCCGGAGUGGGCGGCCAUCAACCUGUGCGUGGUCGUCUGCAAGAGAUGCGCAGGAGAACACAGAGGUCUGGGUCCGAGCAUCUCAAAGGUUCGUAGUCUGAAGAUGGACAGGAAGGUCUGGACAGAGGAGCUGAUACAGGUGUUCCUGUUGUUAGGCAACAAGCGUGUGAACAGCUUCUGGGCCGCCAACGUGCCGCCGAGUGAAGCUCUGAUGGCGGCGAGCGGCAGCGAGGACCGGCGCCGCUUCAUCGCCAACAAAUACCGGCAGGGCAAAUACAGGAAGUACCACCCGCUAUACGGCAACCAGGAGGAGCUGAACAACGCGCUGUGUGUGAACGUGCAGGGCGGUGAUGUGCUGGAGACGCUCCGCCUGCUGUUCUGCGGCGCCGAGGUGAACUGCUGCUCUGGGAUGGAGAGCUGGCCCACGGCGCUGAGCCUGGCCAACGCACACACACAACCAUUACAGGCCGAGCUGCUCAGCCUCAACCUCAACACAGAGCUCCCGCGCUCCGAGCUCCCUGAAGUACCCAUGGAGCCGCUCCACUACUCGGCGCCGCCGUGCGUCUCUCACAACGGCUUCCUGUUCAAGACGGCGUCCAUGGCCCGCGCCGUGGUGGAGCGCAAGGCCCGAGAGGAGUUCAGUCGUCGUUGGUGCACCGUGAGCGACGGCAGCUUCAGUUACUACGAGAGCGACAAGAACUCCAACCCCAACGGAGCGCUGAGGGCCAAUGAGAUCGUCUGCCUGGCAGUGGACUCACCCGAGAGACACGGGUACGAUCACACCUUUGAGCUUUACUCCGAGUCGGAGCGCCUCUACCUGUUUGGCACCGACGACCCGGACAGCCACAAGGAAUGGGUCAAGUCCAUCGCCAUGAGCUUCAUCCCGGCCGCUGCAGAGCCGCUUCUCAAGUUGUCUUUCGAGCGCAUCGGGCGUCUGAGGUGUAAAGACGGCCUGAACCUCCAGACCUCCAAGGUGGGCUGGUUCGCUCUGGUAGGCUCCACCCUGCACGCCCACCUGGAGGACAGCCAGGUGGAGCAGAUCCAGCUGCGCAAGCUGAAUGAGCUCUCGAUUCAACAAGACAACGAGGUUCUGGUUCUGGUGGAGAGAGGCAGAACUCUGUACAUCGAGGGAGAGAGGAAGUUGGAUUUUUCCGGCUGGUGCGCCGCCAUUCAGGCGGCGGCGGGCAGCGGCGGCGACACGCUGAGUCAGCAGCAGCUGACGGACACGGACAUCCCCGUCAUCGUGCACAGCUGCAUCGGAUACAUCACGCAGUGCGGCUUGACCUCUGAGGGCAUCUACCGUAAGAGCGGUGUGAACUCGCGCGUGAAGGCGCUGAGCGACCGCUUCCGGCUCGACGCCCGCAGCCUCCACCUGAGGGAGGGCGAGCAGCAGGUGGACGACGUCUCCAGCGCCCUGAAGCGCUUCUUCAGGGAGCUGGACGAGGGCCUGUUCACGGCCGGGGCCGCCGGCUGGCUGAGCGCCACAGAUAUUCGGGAUGAGAGCCAGAAGAUCUCCCAGUUCCAGCUGCUGUUGAACAGACUUCCUUGUGUUAACAAGGCGACACUCCAGGCCCUCAUCAACCACCUCUACUGCGUGCAGCGCUUCUCUGAGCUCAACCAGAUGAACCUCCAUAACCUGGCCAUCGUCUUCGGCCCCACGCUGUUCCAGAGCGACGGGAAGGACGUGAACGCUUCCCGCGCCAUCGAGGACCUCAUCCAGCACUACACCUCCAUCUUCCAGGUGGAUGAGCAGCAGCUCCAGAAGCAGCUGAAGGAAAUCACCGUGAUCAUCAAAGUACGAGAGAGCCACAACACCAAGUUCCCCAGUACUGAACCUGGAGGGCACUUCAUCUGCACGGUGUACCUGGAGGAGAAGAAGGACACAGCAGAGCAGCACGUCAAGAUCCCCGGCUCCAUGACGGCAGCGGAGCUCACCUGUGAGAUCCUGGACCGGCGUAACAUUCAGGUUCAAGGCAACGAGUACUGGAACUGCUGGGAGGUCAGCGACAAGGAGGAGAUGGAGCGUCCGCUGCACCAUCAGGAGCGAGUCCUCCCCGUCCUGCACUCCAUUGGCACCGAGUCCCACCUGCUCAUCAAGAAGCACCUGGCCAUGGCGGCCAUGAUGCUCUACCUGGCCGGUCAGGCCGACGCCUCUAAGCACGGCGUGGUGAAGCUGGGCGAGGAGCGCAGCCUCCUGGCGCUCGGCCGCUCCUCUGGGAUCUUCCACGACCGCUACGCCGUCCUCAACGCCGAGUCGCUGCGCAUGUACAAGGACGUCAGAAGUAACUGUCCGGAGCGUGAUUGGCCGGUGAAGAACCUGAAGGUCUACAUGGGCAUAAAGAAGAAAGUGCGUCCUCCAACCAGUUGGGGUCUCACGGUGGUUUACGAGAGCAAGAAACAAGAGAAGCAGAAGAGACACCAGUGGUAUCUCUGCUGUGACUCUGAGUCAGAGAUGAGGGAAUGGUACGCCACAUUCCUGAGUAUCCAGCAUGACGGUGACGUGUGGCCUCAGGACGGAGUCCAGCACACGCGUGUGCUGAGCCGUGUGCUGCCGGCGGCGCGUCACGGUAAAGCGUCGCUCAUCCCGCUGCGCGGCAGCGAGAACGAGAUGCGGAACAGCGUCGCCGCUUUCAGUCAGGACGCGCUCGCUCUCUUUAGAGACGUUCGAUAACCGUGAUGAAGGGGGACUCGUCUCAGAUGACCUCUGAACUGUGACGUCAUCAACUCGUCUCAGAUGACCUCUGACCUGUGACGUCAUCGUUGUCCCUGUUGGGCGGGGUGAUGGACACCUGUCCCUGAAACCUACUCCUUUAAAUAUGAACCGGACUCAGCGGGUCACGUGACCCUCGUCUCCUCCCCUCGUCUCCUCCCCUCGAGCAGCAUCACAGAAGGACCAGGAUGUGCAGCAGGUCUUCGCCGUCGGUCACUGCAAUGCAUCAUGGGACGGCAGCACGCGCAGAGAGGAACCUUCUUCUACUUCUUCGUCUCCUUCGUCUUCUUCAGAGGAACAACGUUGGUGACUUGCAGUCACAGCUAAAUCACAUUUAUCAACUUUUAAUUUCUUAAGCUUUUUGUUCUUUAAAUCCAGAACAAAGUAAACAAAGUGUUCUGAGGCUGAGGGAGGCGACCCGGUUCUGUCCAGAGACACGUGAAGAUGUCUUCUCUUGUAUGAAGUGCUGGUCCUGGUCCCAUCGGACCUGGUCUGACUGAGUCCUGGUCUCAUCAGGUCUGACUGAGUCCUGGUCUCAUCAGGUCUCACUGAGUCCUGGUCUCAUCAGGUCUCACUGAGUCCUGGUCUCAUCAGGUCUGACUGAGUCCUGGUCUCAUCAGGUCUCACUGAGUCCUGGUCUCAUCAGGUCUCACUGAGUCCUGGUCUCGUCAGGUCUCACUGAGUCCUGGUCUCAUCAGGUCUCACUGAGUCCUGGUCUCAUCAGGUCUGACUGAGUCCUGGUCUCAUCAGGUCUCACUGAGUCCUGGUCUCAUCAGGUCUGACUGAGUCCUGGUCUCAUCAGGUCUCACUGAGUCCUGGUCUCAUCAGGUCUCACUGAGUCCUGGUCUCACUGAGUCCUGGUCUCGUCAGGUCUCACUGAGUCCUGGUCUCGUCAGGUCUCACUGAGUCCUGGUCUCGUCAGGUCUCACUGAGUCCUGGUCUCAUCAGGUCUGACUGAGUCCUGGUCUCAUCAGGUCUCACUGAGUCCUGGUCUCAUCAGGUCUGACUGAGUCCUGGUCUCAUCAGGUCUCACUGAGUCCUGGUCUCACUGAGUCCUGGUCUCAUCAGGUCUCACUGAGUCCUGGUCUCAUCAGGUCUCACUGAGUCCUGGUCUCAUCAGGUCUCACUGAGUCCUGGUCCUCCUGUGAUGACGAUUUACAGUAAAUAUAUUUAUGAAGUUUUAGAUUAUGGAUUUAGUCCCGUUGAAAUAAACACGUGUUGUAUGUUAUUUUGUUAUUAUGGUUUAUUAUAGUUGAUUAUAGUAUACUAUAGUUUAAUGUAGUUUAUUAUGGUUUAUUAUAGUAUACUAUAGUUUAAUGUAGUUUAUUAUAGUUUAUUAUGGUUUAUUAAAGUACAUUAGUGUUAUUAUAGUAUACUAUGGUUUAUUAUAGUUUAUGAUGGUAUGUUCAUCAAGGUGAAACACAUUAAAGUUCAUUAUAAUCUAUUUGUCAUCUACUUGAGUCAAAAUGUUACAUUUUGAGAAAAGGAGAGCGUAAAAUAAUCUGUAUUAAGAUAUAUUAAUCUGUAUUAAUCUAUAUUAAUAUGUAUUAAUCUAUAUUACAUACCUGCAAACUUGUCACCUUUCGGUGAAAUUCACCGUUUUGAACUCAAAAUAGGUCAUCCACGCGGAGAAAAAUGUGGAGUGGUGCUCUUCGCAAUAAAACAUCUUUGAUGGGGCGUGUCGCGUCUCGGCCAAUCAGUGUUCAGAUGUCCACAUCUUUUGGGGGUUCAGGUUAGCUUGAAUGUUAGUCCGCUACAUCUGCUGCUGUCACGCUGCACGGUGUAGCGAUGCUAACAAAGUACCCGUACGUUAAACACGAUGUGAUUUAGCAUAUUUUUAGUAUCGAUACUUCAUUAAGAGAGCGAUCAGAGCGCACGCGCUGCUCCGUGUCGAGCUGUCUGCGCACACUGCGCUGCGCAGCUCACAGCGAGAGAAGAGGCGGAGCUUAGAGACUUCGGCUUAAAAAAUAAAAAGAUGCCAGAAGGUAAAUGUUUCAGUCUGUAAAGUUGUGUAACUCUCCAGCUGCUCAUCCUGAUGAACUGUGGAUCAUCUGGUCAGAGACUAACGGCCUCAUAGUGGAUAAUCAAUGCUAUGAUGGAACCAUGUAGUUUCAUUCAUAUCUGGCUGUAUUAAUACUAAUAUUACUGUCAUUUGUUAAGUGUUGAAAAAGUUGGUAAAAAGUGAUCCAUACAGAUGUUUUAUUAAUUACUAUUAUAGAUAAAUAUACCAGUCUCGUAUUUAUGGUA